CGUACAGCGGUACAGGGGAAUUCCGAACGAGGAAGCAUACCUGAAGCCCACCUGAAUCUACUAUCUAUCUUCUUUAGCAAAACAACUCGAAGCACGAAACAGAGAAAAAGACUUGCUCGAGAAUCCCAAACCAAGAGGGACAAUAAGAAGCUUUCUUCUGUGGUCAUUUGGUUUUCGAAUCGUCAAGGAGAACUGUAAGAUUGAGUGCUUGUUGGUGGCCAAUCUGAUUAGGUCCAAACAGAUUGUGUUUGUACCUUCUGCUAUGCGAACAUGACAAAUUUCUCUCCCGUCAUUACUUGCACAAAAAACGUACUCUGCCUCAGUGGAUGUGUUGGGAAGCAAAUGAGUGGCCAAGUCAUUAAUGUGGUGUCUCAAUCUCCACCCAGUUCAUGCUGUUUUCGUUUCCAAUCUAGUCGAUCUCAACUGAGUUAUGCUCGUCUGACAAUCUCCAAGACAUUUUCCUGUUCAGCUCUUGUUAGCUCUCUAACAUUCCGAGGAAGUUGUUUUGGUUCCGGCUUCUCCAAACAGAGGAGAAACUGGCAUCCAUUAACAGAGAAAAACUUAGAGAUUUCUAUGGGGCAUCAAGUGACAUGUCUUGGGAUUUCAUUGCCAUCUCAAAAAAUGAGUUUGAGGCUUUUGACACCAAAACGAGAAACAUGUACCAAAGUCAGUUGGAAUGUCAGACCUGCCUCCAGGCUACAGGGAGGUGCUUCUGCAAGCCUGAUUUUUGGACUGUUUGUUUGCUUUUCAAGUUCCAAACCAGCAUAUGCUGAAGCACCAAAGAAGAAGGAUGAGGAUGAUUGUGACUCAUCCUUGGUCAACUCUUCACAUGGAAAGAAAGUUUACAGGGAUUAUUAUGUAACUGCUAUUCCUGGAGAUGGGAGAUGCUUGUUUCGCUCUGUGGCUCAUGGGGCUUGUAUUCAAUCUGGAAAACCACCUCCAAGUGAGAGUGUCCAGAGAGAAUUAGCAGAUGAGUUGCGGUCCAGAGUCGCUGAUGAGUUUGUUAAAAGACGAGAAGAGACAGAAUGGUUUAUUGAGGGAGAUUUCGACACAUAUGUUUCGCAGAUCAGGAAGCCAUAUGUAUGGGGUGGGGAGCCUGAGUUGUUCAUGGCCUCACAUGUUCUCCAGAUGCCAAUCACAGUCUACAUGUAUGAUGAAGAUGCUAGUGGCCUGAUAGCCAUUGCUGAAUAUGGCCAAGAAUAUGGGAAGGAUGAUCCAAUUAGAGUCCUAUACCAUGGAUAUGGCCAUUAUGAAGCAUUGCAGAUUACAGGGAAAAAGGGUGGUAGGUCAAGAAUGUAGUGUAUAUACAAGGGAGAAAAGGUGAAAAAGGAGACUUGGUGAGUGAAGCAAUUGUAAUGAGCUAUCUAGCUUUCUUCUUGGGCUUGUGUUUGUGCUUACUGAUAUAAACAAAGAGCUUAAUUUUUUCAAAUUUUUUGAUACAAUAAUACUACCAUCAAUCUUGCUCUGCAAA